AUCGGGAGAGGCGACGCCGCAACGUCUCACGGGGCUCAAUGACCCUAGCGCAGCAGUUGCAGAUCGUGAAGGGUGGAGGAUGGAAUGCGCUUGGAACGGUCGUCUAUCCUAGGAAAUACUCCCAUGACCACCCUCAGGUUUUUGGGAAAGAAUUUUCUUUUUUUUUUUCUCUUUUCUUUUUUGUUCGUCUGCUCUUCAGGUCUCAUUUCUGUACCUUGUUGAUCUGCAUCCACCUAUAUACCCACCAUUGGAUUGAACAUUGAACCAUUAACCGUUCUUGGGAAGGAAUAUUGUAUUGUAGCAUGUAUGUUACUGUGGUUUGGUUACUGCAACUGGAGCCCUUCUGAUCCUGCUUAGAGAGGUCCUUCCCACAUCUUCUGUUUUGCUUGUCCCGAUAGGUUUUGGAUUUUGAUUAAUAUUUUAGUUUGGCGUAUCUCUUGAGGCUUGGCUAGGGAUGGAUGGCGUCAGCCGCGGUCCAGGAGUACGAUGGUCCCCGAACCUCGUCAAUCUAGGAAUGAGC